GAUGUGUGGGCUGCACUGCAUUUAUUGACCAUUUUACCGAUUCCUCGAAGCUCAUAUUUCGUAACAUCUCGUGGCUCCGUCAAAUCGUUCUAUGUGGCGGUGGCUAUUGGCGUCCUUUAAAUCACGGACUGCUCGGUUUUCCCAUCUUGUCUUCAAAUCUAUCUCUUCUACCCUCAUGACCUCUCCUAAUUCAUUGUGAGAUCAUAGGCUGUAUAUCUCAAUACACUCAAAGCGCCACACGAUGUAUAGCUACCCUCCCCAUAGUGAUCAGGAGGGCUUCACCGAUUUCGGUGGCGCACACGAAUUCCCUCUGCAAGCUUAUUGGGACGAUCGAUGGACUGAGGUGCAACAGCCAUUGCAACCACAACAAUCCGGGGUCAUGGUAUGGGGGACGGAAUGUUAAGUCUCAACGAAGAUCAAACCCCAUCCGCCACGGAGUACGAAGGAACUGAACUCGCUGACGAUUACAUGUAUGCUCCCCAGCCUCACGCCCCCCAAAUGUAUGCCCCCCUCGCGGUUGGUGUACCGCCGAAUGUACCAUAUCCACAGCAUUACUUUCAUCAGCUUCCGUUCCACGAGAUGGAUGAUAUUGGAUAUCCAUAUCAGACCUCAUUCGAUACCGUGAUGUCGGGUCCUGCACUGGAGCACAUCAGGAACAAUCCUGUAGGACCGCCCUUUUCAGAGCCCCCAUCCCACUUGACCACGACGUUGCCCCCCGCCCCACAAACGGAGCCCACAAGCCCAAUGAUGUCAAGCUUAGGAAGCAGUCCACGGUACAGCCCGAUGGCAACGUCACAUAUUAGCGGUCCCUCGACACCAAGUCGAUUGAACAUAAGCGGUGUGACCGCGCACAGCCACUCCCCAGCAACGCCCCUAAACAGGGCGUCUCAGAGCCCAGGCUUCUACGGCCCGGAUUCUAUGGCAGGAACAAGCUCCCGGCAAUCCCCAAUUUCUCCAUCGCAAAAACGGCCCUUGGAAUCUUCAGCAGAUGAUGUGCUGCAUGGACGGAGGGUUGCACCGCGCCACGCCGGUGCCUCUAACGUCCACUCUUCGCCGUCGCCCGGAGGGAUUAGUUCAGCUCCCUUGCCAAUCUCGUCAAGCGUUCCUGGCCGAGGUCCGACGGUCCCCCAACAAUUGUACAAUGUAGGGACUACGCACGCUUUUCAUUUCACCACCGGAAGCGGAAUGCCAGUCGUUUUCAACGUCGUAGAGGGAGCCGGUAUCCCUCUGCAACAGUUGCUGCGUCGACAGACAAUCCAACUCCAGGCAGGUGAUGAACCCAUCUUAGACAUGUCCGGAGAUACAAUCUCUAUUCGCAUUGAGUGGCCUGGCUACCCAUCAUUUACGAAGCAAAUAGCUUCGAAGGAUUGGAAGAAAACAAGGUCGCCCAACACACGCCAAAGGUUGGCGAUCAAAGUCGCGGACGCCGUUCAAUCUUUCUUCAAGAAACAUGCGAAUACUCUAUGUGAUCCCCCGAAUUCAACAUGGCGUAUCGGUCCUAAUGGAAUCCGCAUCGAGCAUCUUGCCCUUGUCUCACUACACCGUGUGUCACAGGGAAGUUGGCAGCCCAAAUUGUGUCUCCUCCAUGGCGAUGCUCAGCAGUGAUAUAUCCCUUCAUUUGACAUGUAUGCCGUUUUACUCUCCGGCUAUCUUUGAUUGACACAUGUCCCUGCAGAUGUCAUCCAAGCAUUUUUAUGUUUGCGUCCUGAUUUUAUAUUAGGCAUCGAGCAUAUCAUCAACCAUAU